AUGGUAAUUGAGGAUGAGUCUGAUGAGGACAAUAACAGCGAUGACAACGAUAGUGACGAAAGUAGUGAGGAUGAUGAUGAAGAAAGCGAGGAAGACGAAGAUGAAGAAGAAUCGGAUGAUGAUGAAGAAAGUGAGGAAGACGAAGAUGAAGAAGAAUCGGAUGAUGAUGAAGAAAGUGAGGAAGAUGAAGAAAGUGAAGAAGAUGAGGAAGAAAGUGGAGAGAAUGAUGACGAUGAUCAUACAUCCGUGGAGAGUAGCGAAGAAAAGUCUGAUUCUGGAGUAGUUAUUGAUUCAUCUGAAGAAGAGGAUGACCAGAAUGAUAGUAAGGAUGCAAGUGGUGGUGAAGACGAAAAUGAUAAUGUUGGUGAGGAUUCUGAGGAAGAAGAGGAAAGUAAUAAUGAUGAGGAUUCUGAGGAAGAAGAGGAUGAUCAUCAUGAAGAGGAAGAAGAGGGAUCUUCCUCAGCAGCAGAAGAAGAAAAUAGUGAAACUGAUGAAGAUGAAGAAAAUAGUGAGGAAAGUAGCGAAGAAGAGGAGGAAGAGGAGGGGGAUAAUGGUGGCAAAGAGGAAGAAGAGAGUAAUGAAGUUUAUGAAGAUGCAAAUGAUGAAAAUGAAAGCGAAGAAGAGGAAUUUGAAGAAGCCCAAGAACAAUUUGAAGAAGACGAGCAGGUUAAGUUAUUAUUAAUUAUUAAAUUUAGUAAUUAA